UCUUCUUCUUCUUUGAAUCAGAAGAAAACAUAUGCUCAAGCAGCUGAAUCUGCUGUCUCUAAACCUGCUGUCUCAAAACCUGCUCAAAAUCCUGAGAAAACUGAGAAGAAUACUGCUCAUACCUCUAUUCAUAGAAAAUCAAAGAUCUCUGAAUGUUCAAACUGUCAAAGAUAUGAAUACUUUGCAAUCUCAUAUUUUAGAGACUCAAAAUGUGCAUUUUAUGCCAGAGAUCACAAAACUAGUGAGCAUAAAUGUGAAACAUGCUUAAAAAGAGGUGAAAUAUGUCAAUACACUCUGCUUAAGUGCUCUAAUUGCAAAGAAAAACAUGCAUCUAGCUCAAAAGAAU